AUGACGGAAUCAAAGAGCCAAGAACCCGCUCCCCGUGAAUUCACAACGCCAGCCAUCCUCGCUGCGCUGGGUGGCUUCUGCGGCCUGUUUUGUGGCGUGGGCUUCAUCAACGCGUUCGGUAUCUUCGAGGAGUACUACAAGGCAAACCAGCUGGCCGCCGAGUCGGACUCGGCCAUCGGCUGGAUUGGCAGUGUUGCUAUCCUGUUUAUCUUUGGCGCAUCAGUGGUCAGCGGCUAUGUCUUGGAUAGAUUUGGCCCGGGGCCCAUGCUCUGUUUCGGCUCUGUUGGUCUGGUUAUCGCCUUGAUGAUGACCUCUCUCUGCCACCAACUGUACCAGUUCAUCCUGGCGCAGGGCUUGCUGCUUGGUCUGUCCAUUGCCUUCCUCACCUGUCCCAGUCUGGCAAUCCAGGCGCAGUACUUCCGCCGCCGGAUUAGUCUCGCGAUGGGGAUCGUCAUCUCGGGCUCGUCGACUGGCGGGGUUAUCUGGCCGAUUGCCAUCCGGCGAAUGAUCGAAAACCCCAGUCUGGGGUUUGCCUGGACGAUGCGCAUCGUGGGGUUUAUCAUGAUCCCUUUGCUUGCUAUUGCCUGUCUCUUCACCCGUACCAACCCGAAGAAGGCAGCAACAGUAGCAGUAUCAAAUACAGAAACACAAAUACAAACCCAGAAGAAAGAUUCCGCACUCUUUUCUCUCCCCAUCAUCCUCUCCUGCCUAUCCUUCUUCACCAUCUACUUUGGCAUGUUCGCCCCCUUCUUCUACACAACCGACUACGCCAUCUCGCACGGCUUCUCCUCCAGUCUAGCCUUCUACACCGUCUCCAUCAUCAAUGGCGCCUCGUUCUUCGGACGGAUCCUACCCGGCCUCCUCGCCGACCACGUCGGGAAAUUCAACUGCUGCAUCGUCGCUGCUUUUCUCUCGGGCAUUAUAGCCUGCUGCUGGACUACCGUUUCUUCUGUCGCAGGAUUGGUGAUUUUCUCUGCAGCCUAUGGAUUUACUUCUGGGGCAAUUCUCUCCCUCCAACCAGCUUGCGCAGCGCAGAUCUCCACCCCUUCCACGCGGGGCUUCACCAUCGGCCUCAUCAUGGCCUCUACUUCUCUCUCUGCUAUGGCCGGCACACCCAUUAGUGGCCAACUGAUCGAAUCGUACGGAUACCUCUCUCUAGCACUGUAUUCGGGCAUCAGUCUGUUGAUUGGGAGUGUGUUUCUCGCUGCGGCAAGACUGAGUCAAAAUCGGAAUGUGUGGGCUGUUGUUUAA